AUGGAUAUCAGCAGCAUCCAGCAAAGCACGCCCGGCCACGGCAGCGCACAUGUGCCGACGCCUGAGCAGAGGGAAAUCGACAGAGUGCUGUACCUGCGCCGCAUUUCGCAGGCCCGGUCGUGCUAUCCAUGUCGCCAGCGGAAAGUCAAGUGCGAUCAUGGCCAGCCUUGCCGGACGUGCCAGAAGCGAGGCCAUCCUGAGAUAUGCUCGUACAAUGUGGGCACGCCGGAGAAGAGGCGCGGGCGGCGUGCGAAGAAGGCUGUCGUAGAUGGGACGACGAUAGCAUCUCAAGGUGUUUCUGCUUCUACUUCUACGUCGCCGGCUGCUGCUCGAUCUACAGCAACAGAGCUGGCUUCCACAGUAGCAGCGGCGGCUUGUUCGCGUGCGCCGCAGGCAAACUGCUACCGGACCAUGAGAAAGGAGCAUUAUCAAGGGGAUAGUUCAGUUCUUGCCAUGUUACAUGGCUCUGCCGACUCGCCCGCUGUGGAGAUGAGGAGGAAGGCCGGGCCGGUGCUUGGCUUGCACAAUACGCUCGAGUUUUAUCCGUUUAUGAAGCUCAAGACGAUACAGGAACGGUGGGCGGCGUUAUUGAAGCUGAUUCCGCAGAAGCAGGAGGUUUUGAGAUAUUUCCCCUCGCAUGGCGCCACAAUCUAUCCUCUUAACCCCGUUUUGAUAGAUCCCGAUGACUUGGAGUCUGCCUACUGCGAUUACCUCUCGGCCCUGGAAGCGGGUGAGCUCAAGGAUCCCAAUGUCUUUUCUCCGAAAUGGGUCUGCAAAGCGUACAUAUCGCGGAUUGCUCUGCUACUGGCAGCGCUUGCUACCAGUGCUCAUUAUUCGGUGAUGCAGUCUCCGAGGAGGCAUGUUGGGCAGUCCGAUGGCGCAUGGGUCAUGCUGGGCACCACAGUUCGAGUAGCGCAGGCUCUGGGGCUGCACACUCUGACGGAAGCUCAGCUCCAAGAAGAUAAGGGGAAGAAGAAACAGGCUCUUUGGGAUAUGAUAUGCAAGCAGGACUGCUUGCUCAGUCUAUGCCAUGGGCGGCCACACAUUGCGACCAACCAAUCCUUGGCAACACACAAUCUUCUGUAUUGUUGCGACGAUGCAUUGGGCUUCUCGGAUAUGAUGUGUGGUAUUGUUUCUGUUGCUAUGGGACUUUUAAACUUGGAGCAGCCAAGCUGCGAAGCGUCGUUGAAGCUGCUUACCGAGCUGGAUGGAUACCAAUCCCGGGCCUUGCCGUAUCUCGAAGACCGAAACAGCUGUAAAAAUAUUCAGCAGCGGUAUGAAAACCUCACAAUCCAAAUCCAGCUAUCUUUUGCAGCAUCAGUCAUCUCUCGGCCAGCAUUGACCAGGACUGUGGCGACGACGAACGAAGAGAUUAACAACCUGCAAAUUCUCAAGCGCCGAGCCAAGGAGAGUUUGAUGAGCACAGCCAGGUCCUUUAUCGAGUUUCAGUCACUAAGCAUCAUACCCAUCCGCACAUGGUCGCUGAUCCAUGCGGUGCUGAGUGCCACGAUUAUGCUUUGUCUAUGGGAGGAGACGCGAAAUGAUGCAGAGAGCCGAGAAGUGCUGCAGCGCGUGAUGGAAAUCUUUUCGCGAGCAGCGCAGGCAGACGACGAGACUGGCAUGAUGUCGGACAACAACCCUUGGCUGUCAAUGAGCCACACUCGGGCACUGGUGGCACUUCAAACCGCUCUCCAAAAGGCCCCUGGCCUGACAAGUCCUGCGGCGACAACAUCAACGCCGUCAUCACUGCCCGAGCAGCCACUGGCGGAGAAGAUGCCGCAGCAGAAUUACGCUUUGCCAAGAAUGCAAGACACGGGGGGGCCACCAAUGGAUCCGACGGUGGAUGGUCCGAUGAGCUACAACUUUACCUCGAUGCUAAUUGACGGGUUUGUUCACUUUUGA